AUGAACUACCGCUUUAGCAUCGCGAUUGUCUUAUUUGCACCUGCGAUAGCCGUACUGGCGCAACAAGAAUCCCAGCCUUCCCGCACCCAGAUUGGAAUUGCGACUGGUUCCGUUCAAGACACGCCUCUGACGACAACCAUCCACAGCGCUAUCCCUACCGUCAUCCCUCAGACAGGCGCCAUCUUCCCGCCAGUGGGAUCCAUCCCUCACGAUUUCUCUCCCAGGGGGUUGCAAGAGCUCUGGAAUAUAGUCGGUUCAGUCGAAGACCCACCCUUUACUACCACCCCAGUCCCAAAAACCCCAGUCGUACUCCCUUCCAACCCACCUGGUCUUUAUCCUGAAUGGUUCGCUCCAAGGCCGAGCAAGAUCUUUCCAGAUUUAAAACUUCCAAAAGGGUUCAAAUUUGGGGUGGCAACGGCUUCUUACCAGGUUGAAGGAGCAGCCAAAAGCGAUGGGAAAGGACCCUCAAUGUGGGACUGGGCUAGUAGGCAGCCAGGCGCCGUGUCAGACGGUUCCAACGCCGAUGUCGUCGAUCUUCAUUACUUCAUGUACAAAGAGGAUGUUGCACGUAUCGCAGCACUCGGUGUCAAUGCCCAUUCCUUCUCACUCUCUUGGGCCCGUAUAUUUCCUUUCGGGACGGCUGGUUCGCCUCUGAACGAUGUUGCACUAAAGCACUACUCCGAUGUGAUUGACUAUCACCUCGCGUCCGGAGUUGAGCCCGUGGUCACCCUCUUUCACUGGGAUACACCGCUAGCUUUAGUGGCGUACUAUGGGGGCUUCACUUCCCCGAAGAUUGUUGAUGACUUCGUACAUUACGCGACCACCGUUUUCCGUGCAUUCAAUGGGCGAGUAAAGACUUGGUAUACCUUCAACGAGCCCAGCGUCUAUUGUGGGCAAAUUGCCUCGUAUCCAUUUGAUAUAGCAUUUUCGCCGGGUAUCAAUAAGACUACCGCACCAUACCACUGCGCGUAUAAUCUAUUGAAGGCGCAUGCCGCCGCCGUCAAGGUAUUCCGCAGCAUGAGAAUCAACGGAGAGAUAGCUUUCAAGAACGAUGACUUUGUCGGGAUGCCGUGGAGGGCCAACUCUACAGCAGACCACGAAGCGGUGGAACGCCACGCCGCUUUCGGAAUUGGCAAAUUCUCUGAUCCUGUUUAUACGACAGGAGAUUGGCCUGAGGCUUUGAAAGAGACUCUCCCACCUUCUAUUCUGCCUCGCUUCACGAAGAAGGAACGGGAGGAUAUUUUAGGCACCGCCGAUUUUUUUGCCAUUGAUGCAUACCGUACCCAAUGGGUCUCCUCGCCGUCCGAUGGCAUAGAAGCCUGUGUCAACGAUGUAUCCCAUCCUUUAUGGCCGGCUUGCAAUCAAGUUGUAUUGUUUGAUUCCGAAGCUGGCUGGGCUGCAGGGCCGUCGGCCGAUCCUCUGAGUGGCUGGUUGCAGGCUACGCCAAACUUCCUGAGGGACUCGCUGAAAGAGCUCCAAAAAAGGUGGCCAACGAAGAAGAUGUACAUAGCUGAGUUUGGAUUUGUCGAGCCCUUCGAGAACGAACGCCAAGAGCUGUCUCAAAUCACUGAAGAUGUAACUCGGACAAAUUACUUUAUGACGUACCUCGGGGAGGUUCUUUUGGCUAUUCACGAAGAUAAACUGCCUAUCGCAGGAACAUUUGCAUGGGCUAUGCUCGAUAACGCUGAGUGGGCCAGCGGACUAAGUGCAAGAUUCGGCAUCCAGUAUGUGAACUAUAGCUCCCCCAUCCUCGAGCGCGUAUACAAGCGUUCUGCGAUUCAAAUGUCGGAGUUCUUUCAAGCACAUCUAGUUUGA